AUGGAUUUUAUUCACAAGAUCAUGAGCAUUGUCCUCCCUUCAGUAACAUUCCUUGUUCUUCUUUUCUUCUUACCAAUGUUCCUUAUUCUCAAGUUUCUCAAUUUCCUGAAAAGAACCAUAAACAUUGAAAACCUGUCUGGGAAAGUUGUCCUCAUCACCGGAGCAUCCUCAGGAAUUGGAGAGGUUUUGCUUUGGGCAAUGAAGCAUCUUGCUCACGAGUACGCAAACAGAGGAGCACGUUUGGCCCUGGCUGCCAGAAGAGAACACCGACCCCGGGCAGUUGCGGAAAAAGCUAGCCAGUUGGGGUCCCCAGAUGCUAUCGUGGUCCGAGUUGACGUUUCCAAGGCAGAAGAUUGCAAACAGUUUGUCAAUAAGGCAGUUGUCAAAAUCAGCAGAGGAAUAAGAGGAAAGAUCGAGAAGUCAGUGUAA